AGCCGGCGGUGGCGGCCGGAGGGGAGGAGCAGGGGGGUGCUCGCGGCGGGCCCAGCGGUGUGAGCCCCCCUGUCUCAGGCACCAGGCAGCCGGCAGUGGCGGCUGGAGGGGAGGAGCAGGGGGGUGCUCGCGGCGGGCCCAGCCGUGUGAGCCCCCCUGCGUCAGGCACGGAUGCUGCGGGGUUGGCGGUGGCAGCAGGUGCAGGCCCUGUGAAGGGGUUGGAGCAGGAUGGGUGGACGGUGGGAAGUCAGCUGGGAGAGGCUGACCGAGCGCAGGUGGCGGCGAUAGUGGAGAAAAACAGGGACGUGUUUGCGUUUGGGUUGGGGGAGAUCGGGGAGUUUAAAUUGUUCGAGGUAGAGCUGAAGCUCAAGUCGGAGCAGCCCAUCUUUGAGCGCAGGCGGAGGCACAACGCAAGGGAGUGGGAGCUGGUUGACGAGAGGUGUCGGGAAUUAGAGGAGGCGGGGAUAAUCGAGGAGUGUGAUAGUGACUUCGCGGCCAAUUCGGUGAUGGCGGCUAAAAAGGACCCUGAGGGGAACUGGAAGCUGGCGCGGUUCUGCACGGACCUGCGCGCCAUCAACGAGCAGACGGCCCAGGACAGAUAUCCCAUGCCCUUGCCAGAGGAGGUACUGGAAGGGUUGGGGCACGCGAAGUUCUACUCCACGAUUGACAUCCGGGGGGCGUUCCAUCAGCUAGUGGUCAAGAAGGAGGACCGGAGGAAAUUGGCCUUUUGGUCAAGUUCCAAGCUCUACUGCUGGAAGCGCUGUCCCUUUGGCGCCAGGAACGCCAGCGCCUGGUUCCAGAGGGCGAUCGACCGCACGCUUCGGGGGCUGGAGUCGUUUGCCCGGAGCUUUGUGGAUGACCUGCUGGUGGCAGGGGGGGAAACGGUCGAGGAGUACAUGGGGUUGGUGCAGCGCGUGUUUGACCGGCUGCGGGAGGUGGGGCUUAAAUGCCACCCGGAAAAGUGCUGCUUCGCUGCUGAUUCAGUGGAGUAUCUGGGGAUGUGGUUGCGGCCAGGGAUUGUCUCCCCUCAGGUUGCUAAGGUGGCGGCGAUUGCGGCGCUCCCGCGCCCCACGGACGUCACGUCUGUCAGGGCCUUCUCCGGGGUGGUGAACUACUACCGCCAGUUUAUUCUUGAGUGCAGCCGGCUGCAGGCGCCCCUCAAUGCACUGACCAAGAAGGGGGCAUUGUGGGAGUGGGGCGAGGCCCAGGAGGGAGCCUUUCAGGCGCUCAAGGAGGCGCUCCAAGGGGACCCUGUGUUGGUGCUGCCCAAGCGGGGCAGGCCUUUCCGCGUGCGCUGCGAUUGGAGCAAGAAGGGCGUUGGAGGGGUGCUGCUGCAGGAGGAUGACAAGGGGGUGGAACGGGUUGUUGCGUACGGCAGCCGGAGUUGCAAUGGGGCAGAGUCAAGGUACAGCAGCUUCGAGGGGGAGCUGCUGGCGGCAGUCUAUUUCGUACGACUGUGGCGCCAGUACCUGUACGGCGAGCGGUUCACGCUUGAGAGCGAUCACCAGCCGCUCAAGUGGAUCCUCACUAACAGCAAGCUGACACGCAAGAUGGCCAGGUGGGCCUUGAUGCUCAGUGAGUUCAGCUUCGAAGUUGUCCACAAGCCGGGGGUGGACAAUGAAAUGGAUUGCCUUAGUCGUUUCCCUCAAGAGAGCACGGACGACUGCACGGGGGUGCGCCAGGAGGGGGAGUUGGGGGACCAGUUCGUGUGGCCGGCAGCCUUGUGUUUAGCGUGGGCUCCCCUGACAAAGGGGGCGCGGUUUGCAGUGAGGGGACAGGGCGCAGCAUCGGUGGCUGCGGCGGCAACGCCAGGAGGCGCGCGGCAGGGGCAUGCAGAACGAGGGGAGCAGUGCAGGGGGGCGCAGGUGAGGCGCCAGGCAGCGCCAGCAGGUGCGCGCCAGGAGAGCGCAGAGGCGCCAGUGUCUGGUGCCUCGCAGGGCAGCUGUGGGCCUGGGGAGCAGGCAAGAACAUGUGAUGGAGGAGUGCGCAGAGGAGGGGCAGGCGCUGGCGGGGCGCCAGAAGGGAGGACGCACGCUGGAGGGGUGCGCGCUGUGGCGGUGGGACGCACAAAGCGCGCGCAGACAAGCGCGGCGGGGCGCGCAGAACAGGGCGCUGGAGGGGCAAGAGCCGGUGGGGAGCGCGCUGAGGCUGCAGGACACUGUGGGGCGCGCACUGAGGCUGCAGGACGCCGCGGUGGCGACUCAAGGGGGAGUCUGGUGUCUGAUCGGCGGGUGACAGCUGACGCAGCACUUGAGGCUGAGUGGGGAGGUCCCCACCCCGGGGGUGCAGGCGCAGGCAGCAGCUGA